CCAGUCCCCGCCGCGCCGCGGGCUGGUGGGCUCCGCCGCGGCUGUUGUGCCGGGAAAUGACACUGCCCGGGGGCCCGACGGGCAUGGCGCGGCCGGGAGGCGCGGGACCCUGCAGCCCGGGGCUCGAGCGGGCCCCGCGCCGGAGUGUUGGGGAGCUGCGCCUGCUCUUCGAGGCGCGCUGCGCCGCGGUCGCUGCCGCCGCCGCCGCAGGGGAGCCCCGGGCCCGCGGGGCCAAGCGGCGUGGGGGACAGGUUCCCAAUGGGCUUCCUCGGGCUCCCCCUGCCCCGGUGAUCCCGCAGCUAACUGUGACAGCCGAGGAGCCGGACGUCCCCCCGGCCAGCCCCGGGCCGCCGGAGCCGGAGGGCGGGUCUCUGCCGGCCGUGGGCUCGUCGCACCUGCAACAGCCGCGCCGCCUCUCCACCUCGUCGCUCUCCUCCACUGGCUCCUCGUCGCUGCCCGAGGACUCGGAGGACGAUCUGCUGAGCGACAGCGAGAGCCGGAGCCGAGGCAACGUGCAGCUGGAAGCCGGCGAGGACCUGGGUCAGAGAAGCCACUGGCAGAAGAUUCGGACCAUGGUGAAUCUGCCUGUCAUGAGCCCCUUCAAGAAGCGCUACGCCUGGGUGCAGCUGGCUGGGCACACAGGGAGUUUCAAGGCGGCGGGCACCAGCGGGCUGAUCCUGAAGCGCAGCUCGGAGCCGGAGCGCUACUGCCUGGCGCGGCUCAUGGCGGACGCGCUGCGCGGCUGCGUGCCUGCCUUCCACGGCGUGGUGGAGCGCGACGGCGAGAGCUACCUGCAGCUGCAGGACCUGCUCGACGGCUUCGAUGGGCCCUGCGUACUUGACUGCAAGAUGGGCAUCAGGACUUACCUGGAAGAGGAGCUGACCAAAGCCCGCGAGCGGCCCAAGCUGCGGAAGGACAUGUACAAGAAGAUGCUGGCAGUAGACCCUGCGGCGCCCACUGAGGAGGAGCACGCGCAGCGCGCCGUCACCAAGCCGCGCUACAUGCAGUGGCGAGAAGGCAUCAGCUCCAGCACCACGCUCGGCUUCCGCAUCGAGGGCAUCAAGAAAGCCGAUGGCUCCUGCAGCACCGACUUCAAGACCACGCGAAGCCGGGAACAGGUGAUUCGCGUCUUCGAGGAGUUUGUGCAAGGGGAUGCGGAAGUGCUGAGGAGGUAUCUGAACCGCCUGCAGCAGAUCCGGGACACCCUGGAGGUCUCUGAGUUUUUUAGGAGGCACGAGGUGAUAGGCAGCUCGCUCCUCUUCGUGCAUGAUCACUGCCAUCGCGCCGGUGUGUGGCUCAUCGACUUCGGCAAGACCACGCCCCUCCCCGACGGCCAGACCCUGGACCACCGGCGGCCCUGGGAGGAGGGCAACCGCGAGGACGGCUAUUUGCUGGGGCUGGACAAUCUCAUUGGCAUCCUUGCCAGCCUGGCCCAGAGAUGAGGCUAGGCCUCUGUCCGCGCGGACUGGCAGGUCUGACAGAUGGACCUGAGGCUGCGUCCCCGAAGAGCAUGAGGGCAAGAGACUGAAACCCCGCCGUGCGGGGAGGUUCACACGGUCUACCAGGGCCAGGUGCCAACCACUAUGGGACGCACUGCACGCACCGGGGGCUGUCCCCCAUACAAGCCCCAGUGUUCCCAGAGCUGAUGACACUAAUUUAAGGGGGGGGCGGGGUAGAGUGGGACAAUGGGCUUCUUCCUCAGCCCAGCUCUUCCGAAGGGGCUCCAUACCCCUCCAGAGAGGCCAGAUAACGAAUUUUACUUCGCAGGCACUAGAUCUAUUGGUCUAACCGCCCACACUACAAUGGACUCCCCUUCCCAAUAAAACAAAGACACCAGCUUUGGCAACUCAGGCCUCAUCCCCUCCCUCCUCUGGUCCCCUCUUUCUUUCUUUCUUUUUUUUUUUCUGAGGAAGAGUUGCCCUGAGCUAACAUCUGUUGCCAAUCUUCCUCUUUUUUGCUGAGGAAGAUUCACCCUGAGCUAACAAUUGUUGCCAAUCUUCCUCUAUUCUGUAUGUGAGCUACCACCACAGCAUGGCCUCUGACCCAUGCUGGGGAACCGACCCCAGACCACCCAAGUGGAGCACGGUGAACUUAACCACUAGGCCACCAGGGCCAGCCCCAAGAUCCUGUCUUUCUUAGUUCCCUUGCAUCCCUCAUGUCCACUCAGACCACUGGAGAAGAUGAGAAGAGCUCUUUAUUAAAGGCAUCUGUAGGGUUGGGGGCUGCCCAGGUGAAGGACGCUCAUGGGGAAAGGGCAAUCCAGAGAAGGCUUCCUGCAGGAGGCAAUUUCAACGCCCCACCCAAA